ACGGUCUCCUUCUCUCCGUCGACUCCAUCCCAUCUGUCGCAACAGAGCGGUGGUAGCAGCAGAGGCCCCGGCCCUCGCCGCACCGCCCCGAGGGACACUUCCGGCGACGAUUCACUUCCUGGUUGGGUGGAUGGAGCCGGGCGGGAGCGCGCGCGGGGGAGGGGCGGCGGGUCAGUCUCCGCCGGGCGCUCCGGGGAUCAGCUGGCGCGCGGGCGGGCGCCGAACGCGGCCCCGGCUCUCGCUGCAGCGCCGCCUCCUCUCUGCGUCGCAGGCCGGCCCAGCGGCCGUGACAAUGUCGCGGGGCUGGUAGUUGGGCGCCAGCCGCCGAGCCAUCUCAAGUUUAAACUUACACGAAUCGCUCUCUGGAGGAGGAGGGGACCCGCCGCGCGAUUGACACGCGUAUUCCUAUAGGCAUCCUCCCUCAGCCCCCACCCCCACGGCCGGAUUCGGGUGGCUCCUCUCCGAGCUGAAAUCCGAGAAGAAAUCCUUGGAUCUCUUUUCUUAAAAAAAAAAGAAAAAAUCUAAAAACCGUCGGUAUUUUGCUUUGCUGCUUCCUAUUUGUAAGAUGAAGAAGUUUUUCGACUCCCGGCGAGAGCAGGGCGGCUCUGGCCUGGGCUCCGGCUCCAGCGGAGGAGGGGGCAGCACCUCGGGCCUGGGCAGUGGCUACAUCGGAAGAGUCUUUGGCAUCGGGCGCCAGCAGGUCACUGUGGACGAGGUGUUGGCGGAAGGUGGAUUUGCCAUCGUGUUUCUGGUGAGGACAAGCAAUGGGAUGAAAUGUGCCUUGAAACGCAUGUUUGUCAACAAUGAGCAUGAUCUCCAGGUGUGCAAGAGAGAAAUCCAGAUAAUGAGGGACCUGUCAGGGCACAAGAAUAUCGUGGGUUACAUUGAUUCUAGUAUCAACAAUGUGAGUAGCGGCGACGUAUGGGAAGUUCUCAUUCUGAUGGACUUCUGUAGAGGAGGCCAAGUGGUAAACCUGAUGAACCAGCGCCUGCAGACAGGUUUUACAGAGAAUGAAGUGCUCCAGAUAUUUUGUGAUACUUGUGAAGCCGUUGCCCGCCUGCAUCAGUGCAAAACUCCCAUUAUCCACCGUGACCUGAAGGUUGAAAAUAUCCUCUUGCAUGAUCGAGGCCACUAUGUCCUGUGUGACUUUGGAAGUGCCACCAACAAAUUCCAGAAUCCACAAACUGAGGGAGUCAACGCAGUAGAAGAUGAGAUUAAGAAAUACACGACGCUAUCCUAUCGAGCACCAGAAAUGGUCAACCUCUACAGCGGCAAAAUCAUCACUACGAAGGCAGACAUUUGGGCUCUUGGAUGUUUGUUGUAUAAGCUAUGCUACUUCACUUUGCCCUUUGGGGAGAGUCAGGUGGCAAUUUGUGAUGGAAACUUCACAAUUCCUGAUAACUCUCGGUAUUCUCAAGACAUGCACUGCCUAAUUAGGUAUAUGUUGGAACCAGACCCCGACAAAAGGCCAGAUAUUUACCAGGUCUCCUACUUCUCAUUUAAACUACUCAAGAAAGAAUGCCCAAUUCCAAAUGUACAGAACUCUCCCAUUCCUGCAAAGCUUCCUGAACCAGUGAAAGCCAGUGAGGCAGCUGCAAAAAAGACCCAGCCAAAGGCCAGACUGACGGAUCCCAUUCCUACCACAGAGACUUCAAUUGCACCCCGUCAGAGGCCUAAAGCUGGGCAGACUCAGCCGAACCCAGGAAUCCUUCCCAUCCAGCCAGCUCUGACACCUCGGAAGAGGGCCACGGUUCAGCCCCCACCUCAGGCUGCAGGACCCAGCAAUCAGCCUGGCCUUUUAGCAAGUGUUCCCCAACCAAAAACCCAAGCCCCGCCCAGCCAGCCUCUGCCACAAUCUCAGGCCAAGCAGCCUCAGGCUCCGCCCACCCCACAGCAGACGCCUUCCACUCAGGCCCAGGGGCUGCCCACUCAGGCCCAAGCCACACCCCAGCACCAGCAGCAACUCUUCCUCAAGCAGCAGCAGCAGCAGCAGCCGCAGCAGCCACAGCAGCCACCGCCACCAACACAGCAGCCGGCGGGCACAUUCUACCAGCAGCAGCAGCAGCAGGCCCAGACUCAGCAGUUUCAAGCCGUACAUCCAGCGACCCAACAGCCAGCAAUUGCUCAGUUCCCUGUGGUAUCUCAAGGAGGCUCCCAACAGCAGCUGAUACAGAACUUCUACCAGCAGCAACAGCAGCAACAGCAGCAGCAGCAGCUGGCCACAGCCCUGCAUCAACAGCAGCUGAUGACUCAGCAGGCUGCCUUGCAGCAAAAGCCCGCUGUGGCCGCAGUACCGCAGCCCCAGGUGCAGCCGGCUGCAGCCUCGCAGCCAGCCCCUGCCCAGGAGCCAGCGCAGAUUCAAGCCCCAGUAAGACAACAGCCAAAGGUUCAGACAACCCCACCUCCUGCCGCCCAGGGGCAGAAACUUGGAUCUCUCACUCCUCCAUCAUCCCCCAAAACCCAACGUGCUGGCCACAGGAGGAUCCUCAGUGAUGUAACCCACAGUGCAGUCUUUGGGGUCCCAGCCAGCAAGUCAACCCAGCUGCUCCAGGCAGCUGCAGCUGAGGCCAGUCUCAACAAGUCCAAGAACCUACCUAGGUCUGCAACUACCACUCCGUCAGGCUCUCCUCGGACCUCCCAGCAAAAUGUCUAUAAUCCUUCAGAAGGUUCUACAUGGAAUCCCUUUGAUGAUGACAAUUUCUCCAAACUCACAGCUGAAGAACUGCUGAACAAGGACUUUGCCAAGCUGGGGGAAGGCAAACAUCCUGAGAAGCUUGGUGGCUCAGCUGAGAGUUUGAUCCCAGGCUUUCAAUCAACCCAAGGUGAUGCUUUUGCCACGACCUCAUUUUCUGCUGGAACCGCUGAUAAAAGGAAGGGUGGGCAGACUGUGGACUCUGGCCUCCCACUUCUAAGUGUAUCUGAUCCUUUCAUUCCUCUUCAAGUACCUGAUGCACCAGAAAAACUAAUUGAGGGACUCAAAUCUCCUGACACUUCUCUUCUGCUCCCUGACCUCUUGCCUAUGACAGAUCCCUUUGGUAGCACUUCCGAUGCAGUAAUUGAAAAAGCUGAUGUUGCUGUUGAGAGUCUCAUACCAGGACUGGAGCCCCCAGCUCCCCAGCGCCUCCCAUCUCAGACGGAAUCUGUGACCUCGAACCGCACAGAUUCUCUCACCGGGGAAGAUUCCUUGCUUGAUUGCUCUCUGCUUUCUAACCCUACUACUGACCUUCUGGAAGAGUUUGCCCCCAUAGCAAUCUCUGCUCCGGCCCAUAAAGCUGCAGAAGAUAGUAAUCUCAUCUCAGGUUUUGAUGUCCCUGAGGGCUCGGACAAGGUGGCGGAAGAUGAGUUUGACCCUAUUCCUGUAUUGAUAACCAAAAACCAACAAGGUGGGCACUCUAGAAACAGCAGUGGGAGCUCUGAGUCCAGUCUUCCCAACCUAGCCAGGUCUUUACUGCUGGUGGAUCAGCUCAUAGACCUGUAGCCGUGACCCAGUAGCAGAUGCAGUUCUGUAACCUUCAUACCGUAAUAUACAUUUUUAUUACGGAGUUAUGAGAAAAAUGAUUUUUUAAAAAAAAUCUGCAAAUAAGGGGCCCUCCAGCCCUUUUCUCCUACCCCUUGCCUUCUCCUAUAGAAAUGAUAAGGAAAGAAAAUCACUUUGGCCCUCCAGAUAUUCCUUGGCCAGUUCCUCCCUGUUAGUUUGCUGUGUUUUCUCAUAACCCUUCUUCAAUAGCAUUAUCUUAAAUCAAGUGCUAGAUGCCAUGAGCUUCACCUCUGCUGGAAUCGACUCCACCAAAAGCUUAACUGUAACUGAAACUAGUGAAUUGACACCUUUGUCUCAUUCUUGCUAGGAAUGGCCUCCCAAAUCAAUCCUCCCAACCCCUGUGUUCUUUGGCCAGAUGCUGAUGAAUGUGUUUCCCUGUUUUUGCUUUUUAUCCUGAUGCAUUUUCAUGAGGACAUGGCUCCUUCAGUUGGUCUUAACUCAAGACAGUAGCCUGGAGAUGGGUGUGCAGUUUAAGAGAGGGUAAAACUGACUGACUGAUAGUGUAUGUUUGAGAAGAGAAACUGAGCCCAGCUGUAGCCAACCAACUUUGACCUUGUUUGAUCAUAGACGUAGCCAAGGGAUUUUACACCCCAUGCAACCUGCCCAGCAUUCGUCCAGCUUUCUGGCUUCCAUUGAACCGUGAUUUCUCAGAUCUGGAGACGUGACUGCAAGUACUUGAGAUCCUUGGAUAAAAUGUGUACGUUAACAUAAAUCCCGAGUGUUGCCAUUCCUUUUCAUGUUAACUGUCCCAAGCUGGGAUCUCAGAAUUAGACCAAAACAAGACAAUGGUGGUAAUAUGAUACCUUUUAUUAGAAGACUUUUCAUUGGGGGGGAGGAUGGGGAAGGGGAAGGAAUUGUAGCAGAAACAGAUGUAUUUUUCUUGUGAUUUUUAUUUUGAAUCAAAUAUUGUAAAUUGUGUAUAAAUGAAGAUGCUGAAUAGUUCUGUUUCCACUUGGCGUUUCAAGUCUGAUGUCAGGUGUCUGUACAGGGUUUUGAUCUCUUUCCCUUGUAUAACUACACAGCGAUCCUACAGUGUAACAUAUGGAAUCAUUUUGAGUAGACUUUGUGUGUUGCUAUAAGCUUUCAGCAGGUCCUCUGUCUCUGUAGAAUAAGCAUGUUGUAUAUUUUCAGAUAAUCAGAAGUAAGUGUGCUGACAAGCUGGACACAAUUUGACUGUGCCCAGCUUAACCUUUCUUUCUCUCUAAUGUUUAAAUUGAAGGCUACAGCCAAAGGAAUAUGUUCAGUUGGUUUUCCUUGGCUUCCUAGAUUAAAACAAAAAUAAAAACAAAACCUAGCUGUUUAUUAACUGUAGAAUAUUGUUCAUAAAAUAAAUAAAGGCCCCUGCACUGACAUGACAACAUGCCUCAUGGUCACCCUAUGUAUAUGUACUUACUCAUUAAAGUGUAUUUUUUUCCUCGCGUGGAAAGCACUUUUAUAAAAUCACCCUUUUGAAAAGAGAUGGGCACAGAGAACCCAUUGUUCUCUUCCUCUAGUGCCAUUGUCCAUGAUCAAAAGGGAAACUCUUAGUUAAUCAGAUUUGUACAAAUAAAAUUCCGAGUCCAUUUGCUUGUUUCUCUAUAUAGCAUUUUGUUUCUUCUUCCUCACGUUUGCACUUUAAGGGGGAAAAAAAAGUUUUAACAACAACAGCCUGUAAAACACUCUGGAGGGCAAGUUUGACCUCAGUAAUGUGAGAGAAGCCUUUGAAAGGCAUCAGAGGAAAAGUCUGAAUCUUUCAGUCUUCCUUCUGAGUUUAAAUCAUUCCCGUGCUGGCUGAAACUAGAUGAGCUAAGUAAAGGCCUUUAUUAGGAUAACAAAUCAUUUCUAAAAUCAAGAGAGGCACGAGCUUCCUGCUAAGCAUAAAAAAAGAUAUCCAUACAGGGCUCUCCCUGUUGGGUAGCAGUGAAAGUAGGACUUGGUAUACUCCUUUAUGGAUAGGAAAAGUGUUGCAGAUCAGAAUUGUCUUCUCUUUUCUGGACAGAGAAAGAAUGUAUAAACUAAUGAAGGAAAUGUUUAUUUUUAAAUAAGAAUAAUGUUUUAGUUCUAUGUUUUCAUAUUUGAUUUUUUCAUACAUAUAUGUUAGAAAUAUAAUGAAAUGUCUAGUUUCUCAAUUUAAUUGAAAUAAUGAAGAGUACAGUUUAGAAACAAGGUAUCUCUAAAUUGUUCCUUUCAUGCAUUAUCCAUAAUUACAUCGAGAUAUAUUAUCUAGUUAUUUGGUUCAGUAAAGCUUAAUGGAGCUAGUUAAUGAAAAUGAGAGGACUAGAAGCCAGAGACGAGCCUGAGGGAGAUAAUGACAAGAAAUUAUCUUGGGCUUAUUCUUUAGGGCCUCAAAGGGGGGGAACUGUUUUUCUGUUAAGGAAUACAUGUGAGUGCUUUGAUAAAUGGAGCCUUUCUUAGUUUAUAGCAUCAUCCCUGAACUAAAAGAGUUUGAGAUGAUCAUCAUGUGCUAGUCAUUGACAGAACUGUGGAACCAUAAACUGAGCUGCAAGAGGGACCUUCCAGACUAUCACUAGUCCAUCCUCUCCAUUUCACAGGUGUGGGACCUGAGCUAGAUAGAGCAGGGUGCGGGGAGAAGAGGCCUGAGCAGGACAGGCCACUAGGAGCUCAUCCUGGCUGUUGUCAGGCACUGGCCAAGCAACCUUCAGCAGGCGCUUCCCCUCGCAGAGCUGCUGUUCUUUAUGUAAACAAUGAGUUUGGACUAGAUGGUCUAUAAGAUUACAGAGGUAUAGAAUCCUAAGUAUAUAUUAUUACAUUUAGAAGGACUAUGAAGGAUUUAUAUAAUCCUGAUGUUCUUCAGUUAUUGUCUGUAGUUCCUGCUAUUACUGUAGCAGUAUUUACAUUUUAAAGAAUUAUAAUGGGCUUUUACUAACCUGGGUUGCUCUUUAUUGAUUGUCUGAAUAGAAGCCUAAAUCAUCACAGACUUGGAUAUAGAUUUUCCUUUUUUAAUAAUACACACACACAUGUGCACACACACCCCUACCUAUUCUAAUAAAACAGUAUCAGAAGACUUUAAGUCUUCUUAAAUGUAUAAUCAGGGAUCUGCCCUUUUAAAAUGGGCAAAUACUAUAAGCAUAUGUUUUUUUAUUUGCUUUUAUUCCAGCUGUGUAAAAAUAGUAACUAUACCAGAAAACAUCACAAAUUGGGUUCUUUUUUUUUUUUUUUUGCCUUUACAACAUUCAAAUAACAAGCUCUCACCAAAUUCAAGUCCCAAUGUUUUUAAAAAUACAGACCUCAGAGGAGAUAAGGUUUAAAUAGGCACUUCUAAAUAUGAUUAUAAUUAUUAUAAUUAAUGAUUUUUUUGAGCAGACAUAUCAGAAUUUUGACAUCUAAUUGAAAGUUGUUCCCUUCAAAACCUGGUUUUACUUGGGAAGUUAAUACUUAUUCUGAUGAUGCUGCCGUCAUUCAAGUUAUUUUUGAAACUCUUCUCCUUAGAAAUAAUAUCAAGGAAGAUGAUACAGUAUAAGAAAAUCAGCAUAUUCUCAAUUAGCACCAUUUUUAGCAUCUAAAAGUAUAUCCUCUUUCUUGAUCUCCUUUUCCACCACUCUUGGUUCUGAGUAAUAUUUAGCUAUUUCCAAAAAGCAAAAUCACCCCUGUAAGAUGAAGAGUGGUUAUUACUGAGGACAGUAAAAAAAUAAUCCAUAGGCAAUUCCCAGAGAGGACCUUACAAUAGAAAGUGAAAGUGAUCAAGUCUUAAUUUCUUUAAUAUUCUGGAUAAGGGAACCUCUAUGAUUCCCUGGGUUUUAGUAUGAUUUGGAAAAUUGAUAGAUACAGAUUUUAAAAUACCUCUGAAAGAGAUUGUCACUUUUUUCAGUGUCAGUUGAUAUUGGACUUGGCUCUUCCUGAAUUAGAAUUAUAGAACUUGGAUUGCUAAUACUUACAGGAAAACAAAACCAAGAAAAGAAGCUAUUUUCUCAAGAUGUAAUAUUAAUUUUGUUUUGUUUUGAAAACUUAUUUCCUCCUUACCUGACAUAUCAUUGAUCAUUUUGAUUCAAACCAACAUAGCCUUUCCCAGGUCAGGAACAAUUCUGCCUUGAGCGAUGCCAUGGAAAUGACCACCCAGAGAUAAAGAGGGAUCUGCAUUCAACUGAAUAAAUACAUGCUUUAGAUAUUUCGGGCCAAAAUAAAAUCUCCCAUAAUGAGGUUUUUCUGUAGUCUCUCAGAGUCCUUAACCUUCUCAGUCUGUAAGAUUAUUAGCCUCCCAUAGCCACUAACUUGGAGUUUUGGGAUAAAAAUGACAGGAUUGCCCAAUGUACCAAAUUAUGCAAAUUAGAGGCUAUCUGGCAGAACAGAAAAACUAUUACAUAAAUAUUUAGAAUAGAAUCUUUACUGAAAUACUCCAGAUAUUGCAAAUUUAUCUUCUAUCCCUCUCUAGAGACUAUGAUUUUACCAACACAAAGUUAGCCUUUUCCUUUUCCACACUAUUGAUGUUCCUAAAGUUGGUUGUGUUUGGGUUUCUUGAAUCAGAAUGAAUCCCAGAUGGCCACUGUUUCAAAUAAUCUGAUACUAUUUUGCUUUUCUUAGGUUUCCUGUCACUAUGAUGGGGGAGGGAGGCUCCUUGGGUAAUCCUAACUUAUGCAAGAAGUUACCAAAUGGUGGUAGUUGCUAGAAUGGAAGACACUUUCUUGGUUCCCACUUUGAUGUAGUGUACUUGCAUUUAACUCUUUUCCUCUGAGUUAUCUGCUCUGCCUUGUUGCACACCCCUCUGUCAUGUGGAUAUAUAUUUACCAUAGGUCUUUAACCUGUCCUCCCCGACAAGACAAAGCAAACAGAUGUACAUGAAGCUAUCUUAUGCAGUAAAAAUGUGAAAUUUGAACAUUGCUACGUAAGCAUUGUAUAAAAAACAAGUCUGUAAAGAAAUUUCUUAUGUAAACCUAUAGGGGAAUAAAGACUUUUAUCUGUUCAAAUGGGAUCAUGCUGUUUAGAGGUCUAAAUACGUUAAAAUAGCUGCUGUUUUCCUGACCUGAAAACUCAUUUUUGCAGAAAGGACUAAAACACACUGUUGAGUGACAAUAAGUACCAGUGCACAAGAAAGUGUGGAUGCAUGUGAGAGACAUACCGUGGACAUUUUAAUGAGUCCUGGCUACCCUCAGAGAAUAAACGCCCUGCAGCCAAGUAGAAUAAAACUCCUGCGAGCCUGCAUUCGAUAGGACCAGACACGGGGUUAUAAAAUGAAGCACAGAUUUGCAGCUUCCUUCCUCUUAUUUAAUCUUCAAUAUACCCAGGCCAGUUUAAUUAAACAUUUUAUGUUGGCAAGAACAAUUUUAUGCCCAGUGAGAAAUCUCUCAUUUAAUUGCCUCAUUGGUCUGAGAGGCACAGCACAGCAUCACUGGCCAGCAUUGGCACCCAUCACGUCCCUUAUUUCCCAGGUGUGGAUUUUAAUGCAGCCACUCAACAGAUGGCAGAACCGAGUGCAUCAUUUUAUCAUCUAAGCCAAAAGGUCAUGGUAAUGAUUAGUUUGGUAUACAUCUCUUGAUUCGCUGAUUCGGUUCCAAGACUUAAAUUUCAGUUGGUGCUGCAUUUCCAAAGUUGUUGUGAAGGGAUAUUUGGUGUCCUAGUCACUAACUAUAUGAGAAGCCCUCUCAAUACUCCAAGUCUUCAUUUUCAGUUUUUGGCAAGAAUUAUGUCUUCAUUACUCCCUGUAAUUGCUAUUUCAGUUUAUGGUAUGGGGAAAAGCCAAAAAUUUUGGUUGUGCACUAUCUAUUUCAUUAAGGAAUAUCUAGCCUGAAAUUUAAGUCUUCAGAUUUUGAUUCUUUAGAGAAUACUCUGAUGACCUUCACUGUGUCAAUUAGGUAAAAUUUCCGGGUAAACCCAUCCCAAAUGAUACAGCACUUUUGGUUGCUUUGGAAGUUAAUAAGGAGCUAGUGAGGAUAGUUGCCAAGUCAUCAGGUACUUUUUUGGGACUCCUUUCCCAUUCCCUGCAGCGUGUGAGUGCUUACUGAAAUGCACAUAAUAUGGAGCCUCAAAAUAGACUAAUAUGGAAUUGCCCUUAGUGGAAGUAUCAAAGUAUGCUUGACCAGGCACACAGGCCUACAUCACAGCAAGAAAAAGAAGUGUUUUGACUUCUUGCUUAAUUUAAUGGGCUUAAACCAAAAUAAAAAGAGGCAUGACCCGGUUUGAGGGAAUUAUAAUAAAACCCUACCGUAGACUCCAAGAUCAGACCUUUGUGCAUACCAUGAGGCCAGGCUCUGGGCUUAAGCUCCUGAGGCACAACAGACUGUGUUUACUAAGCUCUGUGGACACAGGUUAUCUGCUGUUGGGUACCAAAGGAACAUGCCAUUGGGUACCAAAGGAACUGGGCCAAGGCACGAGGUUAAAUUGGAAUAAAUUCUACAUUGCUGGUAGGCAGACUGCUUCAAAUGUGUUUUCCUGUGGGUAUAAGGCUAUCUUCAUAAACAAGGACUGUUCACCCUGAAAACACAUGUUUUCCCUGUAAGAACACAUUCACAUAUUCCAAAAAAAGACCUUUCACUGCCAACAAGAUUUAAUCUACUUUCUGUUUAUGGUUAUUUGGAAUUUCUCUUUCUCUUGACCACCUUGUUUCUUAUACUGCCACCACCAGGAUUCCCUAAGGGAAUGUGGAUAUCAGGGCUUCCCCCAUAUUCUCUGGCAUUUCUUUGCUCUUGAGAGUGCCAUUCCUGGAGAGAUGCAAAGGGCAAUUACUUUCUGCCUUAGUCACACUGCACCUCCUCUAAAAAGAAUGGAAAAGUUGAGAGACGUGGCCUUCUCAGAAGAAUCCUUUAAAUGUACUUUUCCAGUCCUAUGAAGCCGAUUGACACUGUUGAAAUAAGAGAGGAAAUAGAUUUGGUCCUUGUUUUGAAAGACAGGAGACUAGUUUUUCCUUCAAACUAGAUGUUAUGGUGUUUUUAUGACUGUUUUUGCGAAUAAUUAAAAGUUGUUGGAAUUUUAAGUAUGAUGUUCCCAUUACUCACCAUGAAGGGCACAGAAUAUGCUCUACAUUGGAAAGUCGUCCAAAUGGGUUAUUGACCACAGACUCACUUUUUGACAGAAAUAGUUUUGAUGGGUUAGACAUGUUCUUCUGUCCUGUCCAACUCUGGGUGAGGGCGCACACACACACCCUUGGUACCUCACGGUUCUCAAAAUGUAAACUAGCACUGCAGGCAUCCAGAAUGCCCCUGGUUCAAUACAUAGCUGUUUUUUGUUGGUCUCUGCAACAAUUGUUUUGACCAAAUUCAAGUUAAAUUUCCAAAAAAACACUGACUCCAAUCAAACUAGUGUUCAUUCCAAUUACUGACCUCUAUGAUGCCAGAGUUAGUCAUUGACUUAAGUUUUCCAUUUUUCCCUAAGAAAUAUUUUGCUGUCCUGCAGAACCAGCUUAAAUACAUCAAUUUUCAGGGUAGUUUUGGAAGGUGAGAAAUUAUGCUUUAGUUUUGGCAACUGGAAACUUUGUCCAACCUGAUACUAUGAGAGGAAGGUAGCUCAAGGAGUUUUGGGGACCUUUUGCACCUCAAAUUUUACUUUGGAAAACUUCUUUGCCCCCCUUUCAUUUGAAUUUCCUCCCAGAGAUAAUCAUCUUGGUAUCACUGAGAUAGAUCUAAUUCUACUUGCCUGAGAAAUUAGGAUUAUGUCUUUCCACAUAUAUGACAAGGGAGAAGUUCAAUUUAUUUCCUGUCAGCUGACUAAUGCUUUUGUAUUACCAGGUAGCUGCACAUAUUGAUGUUGUAAUGCAAGGAAAAAUUUAUUCUCCUCAAAGUCAUAUUCUUCAAAUACUAUACAGAAGGCCAUUUGGCACCAGUACAGAAUUUAACUUAGUGUUCUAAUUUGGCAUUCACUGAAUACGUUCAAACUAUUAGAAAAGGAAGUAAAAAUGGGGGAAAAACCAUUUUUGUUUGUUUGUGCAAAUAAUAUUUAAGGUCAGAACUGUUUGAAAAGAAGCACUACUAAAAAGUUAUAGAAUUCAGAGAAACAUAGUAUUUUUGUAUAGUAUCUUAUACAAUGUUCAGACCUCUCUCUACAUUCUCUUUACAAUGUAAUGUCUCUAAGUGACUGAUUUCCCAAUAAACUGAUUUUGAUGCCUCUGC